UUGACAAAAUGACGCUUUGUUGGGAAUUUGUGUGAAAACAUUUAAAAAUCAAUAAAUAUAUUGAAAAUAAAUGUUUCUUGAGUGAAAUAUUGGUUGUGUUUAAAAGCCUAAAGCUGUAAAAACUCAUAAUGGAUGACUUGUGCACUGCAUGCCUGUGUACGGGCCGAAACUUGUACUUUAUUGGUGAAACGGGAUCGUAUCACUUGUAUUCUCAAAUUUUAAAUGAAAUCCCUGUGUACGACUUCUCAUCGGUCUGUGUUCGAGUCUGCUGGGAAUGCCGAGCGCUGCUCCGUCGCUUCGGGGAGUUCAAGGCGCUCGUCAAGCGCUCCUACUCCGAACUGCUGCAGCAGUGCCACCAGAACGACCCCCCCUCCCGCCUGUCGCUGGCGCGUGCGCCGCGUCUGCAGACGGCCGCGGGCGUCGCGUUCGGCUGGCCCGACGAGACGCACGUUAAAGAGGAGCACGACGAGCUGGUGAUUUACGAGAACGGAGAUGAAGUGAAGCCUCUAAAGGAAGAGGAGAUACAUGAAGCCCCGCACAGCGAGCCUGAAGUCCAGGCAUACAACGUGCACGUAGAAGAUGAUGAGGACAAUAAUACUAAGAAGAAGAAGACCACUAAAAAGACUGCAAAAGAGAAGAAGAAAAAGGUGAAAUCGAAGAAAAAACUAAAAGCAAAAAAGGUGAACAGCAAGAAAAAGACAGAAGAAGUUCGCUCCGAGACCCCUGAGGACUUGGAGCUUAACGUACACGAUGACAUCAGCGACGGAGGAGUUGGUGACACGGAUGAAAUCGAGCCUGACCCAGUGACGAGGAUCGAAGAAACAGAAGCGAAAGAGACUGAAAAAGUAGGACCGAGGAGUAGAAAGAAGAAAGAAGCAUUAACCGCAGCAGGACAGGAGAACAACCCUCUCGAAGAAACGGCGAAAAAGGUAGACGCGGUGUGUGGUUCCGCUAGUGGCUCAGUGGUGACGGAUACGGACGAAGAACGGACUCUUGGCUGCACUCAAGAAAAGGAUGCAACCGAGCCCGACAACUCCAUAUACACAUCUUCUUGGCCCGAUGUGCCCGAAGCAGUGACCAAUGCAUCCUCAGUAGGCAAAGAAUGCGUCUUCUGCCACAAGCAAUUCGCGGCCAAAACUAGAUCGCACCAGCUUCUAGCGCUAAGGACUGACACUCAGCACCAUGUUCGUAUUAAGAACAUGAUUUUGGAGCGGCUUCAACCUGAACAGGUCCGUGCCUCCCACUACAUAUGCCACCCUUGCUGGCAAAAAGCCGACAGAGCGGCCAAGCACUAUUCUACACCGUCGUCAAGCGCAGUCCCGCGGGUGGUAUUGAGGUGUGUCAACUGCAAUAUUGACGUGGAGCGGUUGAGGCGGCACGUUCUGGACGAUGAAGAGAUUCUGUUGAGGGUGCAGAAGCAGAUCGCGCCGAGAGUGGCGACAUCAUCCGACUACGUUUGCACCACAUGCCAUACAUUAAUACUAACUGACACCAUCGACGCGACAAUCUCAGAAGUCAACAACGCAAACACUGCCAUAGACCCCAUCGUAGACCCCAUAGUGGGCCAUAAGUUCGUCUGCGUUGUAUGUGGGAAGUCACUGGCGGGUGCGAGGUGUCACGACGUGUGGGAAGAAAAGAGACGCCAUGUUGUGGUCGUGGUGCAGAAAUGGGUGGAGCCACGAGAGCUGGAACCGUCCCACCGCGUAUGCCACAAGUGUUUCCAGCGAGCCGAGGCCGCUUAUAAAAAGGAAACCACCAAACCGGAGCCCAAACCUGACCCACCUGACAUGGUCAUGUUACCAGAUAUCAAAAGAGCACCUGACACCCACGCCAAGUGUAUAUUCCCAAAAUGCACAGCGAAAUUCAUGAAAAGCGUCCCACUAAAUAUACGAGUCAAGUUAUUUAUAUACCACAGCUUUUAUGUACCUAAAGACUGUCGAAUAUGCUCUGACCAUUUGAAGGCAGAGCUCUGGUCGGAGUUGGUGGAAGGAAACCAGAACCACUAUUUCACGGUUGCGUAUGUCGACGAUUUUGAGGAGCUAUUGAAGGCUAAUAAAAAGCUUAAUUUGAAAAAUAAUAAAAAAUAACAAUAUUUUGUCUAUCUAUAGUCUGGUCUGC